AUGAAUGACCCAAUGGUUAAGAAGUACAAUGCAGGUACGAAUAGAGCAUCAAGUGGUAUCAAUCAAAAAAAGAUUGAAGAGGAUGAAGGAGACUUAAAGUUACCACAACUCAAAGCAUCGGUGCCACAAGCGAUUCAAAGAGCACGUGUAGCAUUAAAGUUGACUCAAAAGGAAUUGGCAGUAAAGAUCAAUGAAAGACAAUCAGUAGUCAAUGAAUAUGAAAGUGGUUCUGCUAUCCCAAGUAUUGCCAUUCUUAUCAAACUGGAAAAGACUUUGAAUGUAAAGUUGAGAGGAAAGGAUAUUGGUCAUCCAUUAAAAAUGCCAAACGGAAUUCAAACCGCAAGAAAGCUUAGACUUCAUCGUCAAGCCAACAGAUGGCACGAUAAGCAAUACAAGAAGGCUCAUUUUGGUACCGCCUUGAAGGCUAACCCAUUCGGUGGUGCUUCCCAUGCCUCUGGUAUUGUUGUUACUCGUUUGGGUAUUGAAGCUAAACAGCCAAAUUCUGCCAUUCGUAAGUGUGUCAGAGUUCAACUCAAGAAGAACGGUAAGAAGAUCACUGCUUUCGUUCCAGGUGAUGGUUGUCUCAACUACAUCCAAGAAAACGACAAGGUUUUAGUCGCUGGUUUCGGUCGUUCUGGUCACGCCGUCGGUGAUAUUCCAGGUGUCCGUUUCAAGGUCGUCAAGGUCUCAUCUGUCUCCCUCCUUGCCAUCUACAAGGGUAAGAAGGAAAAGCCAAACGUCUAA